CACAACCACAGACAUUAAAAUUUAAAAAAGGGAAAUUUUCAGAGUGCUGUAAUUUUCUAAACAUAAUUUUAAAGUAGUAGGGAAGUAAGGAGGUUAGAGAUACAUAAAUGGAAAUGAAAAUGGGAGUUGGGGUUGGAGGAAAUAAUGAAGGCAAAAGAAGAAGAGUUGAAAAGUUAGCAUAUUAGACAGAGAAGGAAAUUAAGAAAAGGCCUGAACCUCAUGUUGGUAAAACAACCCCACAAGUCUUCUUUUAGAGAGUCUCUCAAAGCUCUUGAAGCUGACAUACAACAUGCUAAUAGCUUGGCAGCCGCUAUACCAAAAGAUUAUGGUGGGGAAUAUGUUCAGAUGAGAUUAUCAUAUAGCACAUUUGCCCCCUUUGUUCUUUUUUUAAUUGAAUGGAUGGAUUAUAGUUGUACAGAUAGCCUCCCCACUUCCUUAGGCCUGCUCCACAUACUAGUUUACAAGGUAUAUGUUGAUGGAAUGCCAACUUUGUCAUCAAAAGAAAGGAAAGCUUCACUAAGGGAAUUUUAUGCUGUUAUAUAUCCUUCACUCAGGCAACUUGAAGGUGAGUUUGUUGUACUGGAAGAAAACAAUGUGAGAAACUGUUUUUCAGAAGUUUCAAGUAGGAACAUUGUUGAAGACUGGAGGAAGCUCUCUGAUAAAGAUUUAGAGAGGGACAAUGAGUGUGGAAUAUGCAUGGAAAAUUGCACUAAGAUGGUACUACCCAACUGCGGGCAUUCCUUGUGCAGUAGUUGCUUCCAUGACUGGAAUAUGCGAUCUCAGUCUUGCCCUUUUUGUCGUGGUGGCCUAAAGAGAGUAAGCUCUAAAGAUUUAUGGGUUCUCAUUAGCAGCAGUGAUAUCAUCGACAGAGUUACUAUUGCAAAGGAAAACCUGAGGUGUUUCUACCUUUAUAUGGAGAACUUGCCUCUCAUUACACCUGAAACACAUCUGUAUGUUCAUGAUUACAUGAUCUGACUUACAGAGGAACGGUGUCGUGAAUUAUACUACAUGCUGGCCACCCCUUGUUCAUAGAGUAUGUAUAUGGGGAAGUUUGAACUCAUUUACCUUUUGAAGAACCAUUUAAUUGUAGAUGUAUAUAAUUAACCGAGCAUCUGGAUUCCUAGUUUAUGAAUUUGCUACUGAAAGGCUGGCAACUUUGAAGAUUCACAAUGUACCAUUACAAGCAGCCUGGAAAAAAUAGAGAUUAUAUACCUUCAAGUAUAUGGAAGGAGUAACAGAUGUAAAUAUAAAGAAUAAGGUAUGCUUAGCAUUCACCUCAGCUUUUUGGAACCUGAGUGUUGGAAUGAACAUGCAAGGAAACUGCAUGAUACUUGGUUUCUGCUUAUAUCAGAUUAUGUAUGACAAAUACCAUGUAUCAAAUGUAUUGUCUGUCCUCCCUUUCUCUUGAUUGAAUGAAAGAAAUACUAUGAAGCAUUACCAUUAGGGUGCACUGUACCACAAGUAGAGCAUCACUACAAUCUCAGCAAUGCAAGAUGAGUGGUCAGUCAAUCAAUGGUUUUCUCCAAAAUGUGGCUCCAUGGUUUAAUGGUAAAACCACAGGGGCAGUAAUAUUUCACUAUGGUUUCUGAUGUAACAAGCCGUGACUCUCGAGAAGAAAUUUGGUUGGUUUGGCAAUUACAUAAUGUAGUUUAAUACCUUGUAAGAUUUCCUUGGUAUAUGCUUACCUUGUAAUGGACUACUAGUGAAUAAGUACUCAUUAUUUUCUCACCCACAAA